UUGAACUGUUAAAACGGUUAAACAAUGAUUUAAACACGUGUCAGUAUAAAUUUUCAUUGUUUUUGCGCUUGUAAUAAACAGUUAAAUAGUUUAUAUAAAGGAAGUGAUUUGAAUAGUUUCACUUUGUGUUGGUCAACAUGACUGUCGAAACCUACGAUAUAAAUGAGCUUUUGCCCAAGUUGAGUAGUUUUGGAAAAUAUCAGAAAAGAAAUUUUUUCUUGAUUUCCCUGGCGAUUGUUUAUUCCGCUGUUCAGUAUAGUUAUGUCUUCAGUACAAGAAGUACAAAACAUCGGUGUUAUAUUGAAGAAUGUGAUGAUGAUCUUCAGGUCCCUUUAGCCUAUAAUCAAUCAUGGCUGAAAUAUGCCAUACCAGGUGAUGGAUCUACCUUUAAAAAGUGUCAGAGAUAUGCCCCUGUAGAUAAUGAUCAUUCCUGUGGACCCAGGUCCUUUAAUACUUCUGAUAUUCAAAAGUGUGAUAGACUGGUAACUGAUGGUAGUGACCUGACCACAAUUGAACAUGAGUUUAAAUUAACCUGUGAAGAUAACUUAUGGAAGCUGACAGCUUUGGGUUCCUUGGAUGAAAUUGCAGAAGUAUUAUUUGCUCCUUUUGUUGGAUACUUUUCUGAUCGCCUGGGUCGUAAAUGGGUCCUGAUCUAUUCCCUAGUAUUAAGUGGGAUCUGUGGUGUGGUCAAAUCCCUUUCACCUUCUUAUGUGGUCUUUGCUAUAAUGGAGUUUGUCACUGCGUGUUUCACAAGUGGGAUCUAUGGAUCUGGGUUUAUCCUUGGUGUGGAACUCCUGGCUGCUGAACAAAGAGUGUUUGGAAGUACCUUGAUUGCUAUAGUCUUUCCAUUUGGGGAGAUUCUACUAGGUCUAGGUGCUUGGUUUUCACCUUCUUGGAGAGUGAUGUUGAGUGUACUCUAUGCCCCAGGGGUUCUCUUCCUCUGUUACUUCUGGUUGAUGGAUGACUCCUUAAGAUUCCUCCUGGCCAAUGGGAAGAAUAAAAGGGCACGUAGGUUGAUCAAACGUAUAGCCCGUGUAAAUAAACUCAAAAUCUCAGCGGAUAUCAAAUUGGACAACACUGCACCUCCAACUAAUAAUACAGGUAUUGAGGUGGUACCCAAAGAAGAGGAGGAUGAUGAUACCCAACGUGAGACCUUCUUCCAAGUAUGUCAGUAUCCAUCCUUGGUCUUGAGGGUACUCAAUUGUUCAUUCAGUUGGAUCAGUUGCACCUUUAUCUAUUAUGGUCUUACUGUUUACUCUGUAUCACUUACUGGGAACAUCUACUUGAACUUUAUCAUCAUGGCCGUUAUAGAACUACCUGGUUAUGUGGUGUGUUACUAUAUGCUGGACUCUGUUGGAAGGAGGUUUACUUUGGUGGGAUCUUUGAUUGUCAGUGGAGUUGCUUGUUUAUCCUGUGCUUUUAUUCCUCAAGAAUAUUGGAUUGUCCAGUUGAUACUUCCAAUCAUCGGAAAACUGGCUGCAACCAUGGCAUUCAAGACUAUCUAUAUUUAUACUGCAGAGAUGUUCCCUACAACUCUGAGGCAUACCUUCUUAGCAUUCUGUUCUAUGUUUGGAAGAGCAGGUUCUAUAGCAGCACCUCAAUUGCCUUUACUAGCAACUGUCUCACCACUUCUACCUCCAUUACUUUUUGGGAUUUUGGGAUUGAUUGCUGGUAUGUUGGCUUUCUUCUUUCCGGAAACAGCAGGGUGUAAACUACCGGAUAACAUGGCGGAAUCUCUAAAUAUAGGUAAAAUAGACGACAUCGAAAUGAAUAAAAAAAUUUGUUGCUUGUUUCGCAAAAUGGAUUUAGACAAAAUCUUAUUAGACAUUGGAGGUCUCGGCAAGUAUCAGAUAAAGCGGUACGCUCUUCUGUGCUUGGUACUAAUUUUCGCCACCUUUCCAACACUCAGCUACGUUUUUACAGCUAGGGAUGUCGAUUAUCGAUGUCAUAUUGAUGGCUGUGAUUUGCCAAAUACAAUACCAAAUUACAAUGCUUCCUGGGUGCAGUAUUCUGUACCAUACAAAAAUGGCCUGCCUAGUAAGUGCCAAAGGUAUCAACGCACGGAUACCCGCUGUAAUGGUUGGGCCUUCAACCGGAACCAAACUGUCGGAUGUGAUCGAUUUGUUUAUCGUAACAAAGAUGAUUCUACAAUAGCCACAGAUUUCAAUAUAGUUUGUGAGGAGAACCUAUGGAAGUUAACCAUAGUUGGUUCGAUAAACAACAUUGGUUUUCUACUCGGCCUGCCAUUAUCAGGUUUUAUUUCCGAUAGAUACGGUCGGAAAACGCUAAUGUUGUUUGCGAUAUUGUUUAGCACGAUAAUGGGUAUAACAAAAUCGCUAAGUCCAAACUAUUUGUUUUUCGUGACGUUUGAGUUUCUGGACAUGAUGCUCGGAGCUGGUCUCUACACAGCCGCAUACAUUCUAGGAAUGGAACUGCUCGUGCCUGAGUAUAGAGUAAUGGGGAGCACGAUCAUGUCGAGCGCGUUCGCGCUGGGCGAAGCGUUGAUCGGUGUGACGGCCUGGUUCGUACCCUGGAGGAUAUUUUUACGCAUUCUAUACAUACCGGGUGUACUCUUUGUAUCAUGCUAUUGGCUUACAGAUGAGUCUGUCAGAUGGAUGAUAUCCAACGAUCGCAACGAGGAGGCUGCCUGUGCGUUGAAGAAAAUCGCCGCACAAAAUGGCCGUCGAUUAGAUGAAGCUGUGGUCAAACGGUUGCAUCUCGAAGGAAUUGGUGGGCCGGAACACCAUCAUCAUACGGAUACAUUUUUGGAAGCGCUGAGGUCACCUGCAUUACUUAUACGUCUUGCAAAUUGUUCACUGGCGUGGAUCAGCUGCACGUUUGUGUAUUACGGGCUAACGAUGCAUUCAGUAGGCAUUUCAGGAAAUGUCUAUGUCAACUUCAUAGCUGUCUCUCUUAUAGAGAUCCCUGCGUAUGUGCUAGCGAACGUGUUGCUGAAUAAGUUAGGAAGGAGGGCUACGUUGGCGGCGUCGUUCAUGACCAGUGGGUUGGCCUGUGUUGGGUUUGUCUUCAUUCCAGAAUCUGAUGGCACUCUGAGGUUAAUCGUGUUCCUAUUGGGCAAGUUUUCAGCGACUGUUUCCUAUGCUACCAUUUACUUGUAUACCACUGAGAUGUUCCCGACCAGUUUGAGGCAUACCUUCAUGUCGACCUGUUCUAUGUUCGGACGGAUUGGUUCCAUCAUUGCUCCGCAAGUUCCUAUAUUGGCGCAGAUAUCUCAAUCACUUCCUCUGUUCUUAUUUGCAUCAAUGGCGGGGACUUCCGGGUUGCUUUCGCUGUUCUUCCCGGAAACUUUGAACGUAAAACUGCCGGAUACAAUCGUGGAUGCUGUGAAUAUGGGACGACAGGAGAAUAACAAUAAAAUGCUCAAAGCGUAACCAAAAUUUAAAAAACCAGAGAUUUUUUUCGCAAUAUUUGCGAUGAUUUUUACAAAACUAGUUUAUAUUACUUAUAAUUUAAAAAAGUUUUAACUAGUUUGUAGUGCAACGUGUAUAAUGCUCAUAUUAUAUGUUAUCCGGAUAAAGUAGUGGCAUCUGCACUUCUUUUUGUAUUUAUUUGUUGAUUAUAUUAAAGAUUUAUCAAAAAUUAA